GGGUACAUUCAUCCUCCCGGCAAUCAUGCAUUCACCACCCUCACAAAAACAUAAAAUAGUUAACAACCCCUAAAUUUAAAUAUUGACAACAGUCGCAAUCGCCACUGGUUUAUAAUUCUUUACAUGAAAAACUUUUAAAUUACACCAAGCGCCGCGGGAGGAAAGACCUGAAGCAACUGAAAAGGAGAGCUAAAGAGCCGCCUCUCCUACUUUUCCAUCAACUUUUCCUUCGAACAAUCGAUGCCGAUUUUCGCUCAAUACUCGCUUGCUCUCCGGCCAUUCUCCGGCGCUCCACCGAGGGCUCUCAUUUUUCGAUCUCCUGUAAGUGAUCAGCUUGCUUUCUUGCCAUGCCACGGCGAACCUUUGCCGCAAGUAUCGGCGAUAGCCGCGGGUCUUCAUGGAGGAAUGGGCAGGGUUAGGUCUAUUGUUCCGUGUGAGAAUUUUCUUAAACGGGAACGAAAGCUGGAGGGAGUCUUCGCUGUCGGUGCCAGCGCGGUACCGGAUGCGGCUCCCAAUGAGCGACCCGUCGGCCUGGUACAGACGGUCGAGCUUGUGGUUCUGAUUGUGCUAUGGUACAUCUUCAACAUAUUUUUCAAUAUCUAUAACAAGCAGAUCUUGAAGGUCUAUCCUUUCCCAGCGACCAUCUCUGCAUUUCAGUUUGCCUUUGGAAGCAUCUUCAUAUUCAUCAUGUGGAGCACUAACGUUUGUAAAAGACCUAAGAUAUCUACUUCACAGCUUUCAACAAUCCUUCUAUUGGCUAUUGCCCACACACUAGGCAAUCUUUUUACUAACAUGAGUCUGGGAAAGGUUGCUGUUUCUUUCACGCAUACAGUUAAAGCGAUGGAACCCUUUUUCUCGGUUCUGUUCUCUGCCUUGUUCCUAGGAGAGCUACCUUCUAUCUGGAUUAUAUCUUCUCUUGUGCCGAUUGUUAGUGGUGUUGCACUGGCAUCCCUCACUGAAGCAUCAUUUAAUUGGACUGGAUUCUGGAGUGCAAUGGCUUCUAAUGUUACCAAUCAAUCACGGAAUGUUCUAAGCAAGAAACUCAUGGCUGAAAAUGAGGAAACUCUAGACAAUAUCUCAUUGUUCUCCAUCAUUACAAUUAUGUCUUUCUUCUUGACAGUGCCUGCAACUCUAUUUCUUGAAGGUUUCAAGUUCACACCAGCUUAUUUGCAGCCUACUGGUUUGAGCCUGAGAGAAUUCUAUGUCAGAUGUUUCCUUUCGGGUUUCUGUUUUCAUGCUUAUCAGCAGGUCGCAUACAUUAUAUUGGCUAGAGUAUCACCAGUUACCCAUUCAGUAAGCAACUGUGUCAAGCGUGUGGUAAUCAUUGUAUCUUCAGUAAUCUUCUUCAAGACUCCCGUGUCACCUAUGAAUUCUCUUGGAACCGCUGUAGCAUUAGCAGGUGUUUUCCUGUACUCGAGGCUGACUAGAAUUAAACCAAAAGCAGAAUGAAGAAAUCUAUGAUUAUUCUCAUUUAUUCAGAGCAUGAUUCCUAUAUCUUUCAGAUGAUUUCAUUCUUUUGCUGUCGCCUUCACUCUCCCAGUUCAAGUAUGGAUUGCUUCUACUUCUUGUCUUUGGGAUUUGAAAUUCUUCUGCGCAGCAGAACUUGCCUUAGGAGAAUAUAGAAUAUAGAGUUCAGGUUUGUUUAAUUGAAUAUAGCUUUAGUCUGAAAAAUGCUUGUCAUUGAUAAUAUUUUAUGUUUAUGUUUAUGCUUAGCAGUGCUAUUUUUGUCAAGUUUUUUCAAACCUGCUUUUAUUUGGGACCUGUAUGAUUGCUAUAAAUUAAACAUGCUGAAGUUAAGGAAGUGGCACUCCAUAGUUCAUGAUGUUUAGUUGAGCAAGAUGUGAAAGAGU